CUCCUUCUAUUUCCUAAAUCCCUCCAACUUUUCCCCCCUCUUCAUCUCAAUCUCCUCCGCCAUGACUUCCGGCGAUCCAAACUCCUCGCCGGCGCCGGAGCCAGAGCCGGAGCAUCCACCCCUUGCCAUAAUCCUCCACCACCUCCUCCCUCUCCUACUAUCCGCCUCCCUCUCCGUCCAAUCCCUCGUCGGCCGCUGGCGUCUCCUCCACUCCAAGCUCUCCCUCCUCCGCUCGUCCCUCUCCGCCGCCGUGGACUCCUCUUCCGACCACCCUCUCCUCCUCCACCUCCUCCCCUCCCUCCUCUCCACCCUCCGCUCCCUGCAUUCCCUCUCCUCCCGCUGCCUCGACCCCUCUCUCCCCUCCGGCAAGCUUCUCCUCCAGAGCGAUCUCGACAUCGCCUCCUCCUCCCUCUCCCUCCACCUCCACGACCUCGACCUCCUCCUCCGCUCCGGCCUCCUCGUCCACCCCGAUCCACAUUCCAAUGCCAUCGUCCUCUCCUCCUCCACCUCCGACCUCCCCCUCCUCCUCCGCGACCUCUUCGCCCGUCUUCAGAUCGGCUCCAUCGAUCUCAAGCACCAGGCCCUCGACUCUCUCCUCUCCCUUCUCUCCUCUGAUCCCUCCAAGCUUUCCCCCAUCAUCAUCCAGCACGGCGACAUUCCCUUCCUGGUCCGCCUCCUCGACCCCUCCACACAUUCCCUCCUCCGCGACCUCGCCACCUCCGUCAUCUCCAUCCUUUCCACCGCCUCCGACUCCUCCCGCCGCGCCGUCUUCGACGAGGGUGCCCUCGGUCCUCUUCUCCGCAUCCUUGAAUCUGGAUCUACUUCCCUUAAGGAGCGCACUGCCGCCGCGAUCGAAGCCAUAACCUCCGAUCCGUCCAAUGCCUGGGCCAUCCUCGCUUACAAUGGCGUUCCUAUCUUAAUCAACGCUUGCCGCUCCGUCUCCAGCUCUUCUCCCGUCCAAGCCCUGGCUGCUGGCUCUCUGAACAACAUCUCCGCCGUUGAUGACAUCAGAUCAGCCAUGGUUGAGGAGGGUGCCAUCCCGGUCCUCGUCGAUCUCGUCCUCUCCGGCUCUACUGCCGUGCAGAAGCAUGCCGUUCUUUGUCUCUGGAAUCUCGCUUCCUCCGGCGAGGACGAGAUCCGGCAUUUGAUCGUCCAAGAAGGAGGUCUCCAAAAGCUUCUCCAAUUGAUCCGAGACCCCCCAAACCCCGAGAUCCAAGAACACGCUCUGCGAGCAAUCCACGCUUUUUCAGCAUCCCCAACUGCAGCCAAAACCCUCUCCUUGUCUCCGGGGAUCUUUACUCAUCUCGGUGAGCUAAUCACACUGGGCGCCGCCACAACUCAGCAGGCGGCGGCCGCCGUGCUCUGCAACCUCUUCCCAAGCGAGGAAAGCAAGCGCGCCAUGGCCCCUUGCAUGGCAUCACUAGUGAAGAUCAUGGAGCAGGCCAAGCCGGCUAGCGCGCAGGAGAGCGCCGCGCGUGCUCUGGUUGAGCUACUCGCCGUGCGUCCCAAUCGGAGGGAGUUCGUAAGGGACGAGAAGAGCAUGGCAAGGUUGGUCCAGAUGCUGGACGUCAAGAGAGAGGAAGUGUGCAAAGAGUACCCGGUUUCAGUGGUGCUUGCCCUCGCCGGCGCCGGCGCCGGCACCCGGAAGAGGCUUGCCGACGCCGGUGCAAGCCAUCACCUUCAGAAACUUGUGGAUGCCGGCGUGCCAGGGGCCAAGAAGGCCUUGCAGAGGCUCGCCGGCAGCCGGCUGAAGACCCUCUUCUCCAUGGCCUGGCGAGAGUGACCAACUCUUCUAUUCACUAAUCCAAACACAAAUACCUGGUAAUGAAAGAGUCACAGGAGUAGGUGUUAUUACAGCGAAAAAAAGGAAUAUGAAUAUUUAGUCAUAUACAAAUUAGGUUUGUUUAUUGACUGAGAGUGACAACAAAAGGAGGCACGGAUGCGGAGUUUUAGCAAGUAUCCUUAUCCUAUUUCCCUUUUUUUAAAAUUUUAUUUUUAUUUUUAUUUUUUACUUGACUUGGUUUGUCAUGUCAUUAUCAAAGCAUGAAAACUAUGUUGUUUUCUUUUGCUUCUUUCUUUAUUUUUAUACAUUGUAUAAAAGAUUGAAUGAGUCAGUGUGUGGUGCAAUGAGAGAAGCUUAUGUGUG